UUGCCGAGUGAUCCAUCCAGAUGAAACGAGAUCCACCUUCGUGCUACGGACAAGCCAGUGGUUUUAGCUUAAUUUAGCUCGCGAACCCUACCAUGCUGCUUUUAGGUACACCCCUCUAGUGAAUCUGUAUGAGAACCUCAGAGCAGUUCUGUAACAUGCUAUAAAUAUAGAUGACGCUCCCGAACAGGAAAAAGAAUAAAAAAUAACAGAAACGCUUACACAGUAAAAAAUGCGCACAAUAAAGUAAAUCAAUUGGAGUAACUCACAGAUGACUGACGCGCAGAACAGCCACAGUUAUACUAGAUCAGACAGUAUCAUACAGUUUCUGGUUUCACUAUCUGACGUUGACGGGUGCAUGAGGCGGGGUUGUGGAAAGCCAAAAAGGUCACAAGGAAACAAAAUUCAGUUUAGUAUAAAAUUAAGAAAUAUAUGCAUCAUUAAUGACUACAAGUUUGUUAAUGUAACUCGAAUGUGUACAAUAUUUCUUUCGAUGAUCAAAAAAGUAAACAUUUCAAUGUAAUAAAAGUGUCUGAUAUUGUCUGAGGAUUAAUAUUAUUUUGACAUUUGAGUGGAGAAAGCUUAAUAAUUUAAUAAUAAAUAUUCAAUUCAAUUCAAUCUUAUUUCUAUAGCGCUUUUUACAAUGGACAUUGUCUCAAAACAGCUUUACAGAAACAUAUGAACACAGGAUACAGAUUUUAAAUGUGUGAAUUUAUCCCUAAUGAGCAAGCCAGUGGCGAUGAUGGCAAAGAAAAACUCCCUCAGACAAUAUGAGGAAGAAACCUUGAGAGGAACCAGACUCAAAAGGGGACUCAUCCUCAUCUGGGCAACAACGCAUAGUGUGAAAGUAAAGGGAAGAUCAUUAUAGUUUUUAUAUGAAGUCUGUUUGUUGAACUGAUCCACUGUUCACUAAAGGAGACUUGAGUGCAAAACUGCAUGUGGUAAUUGCAGUCCUAAAACCAUAGCAGCAGCCGUAGUCCCAGCAACCACAGUGAAAUGUCCAUGUGAAAUUGAGGUCCAAAACCAUUCCAGUGGUACUUCAAGUGUAAUUAAUUGAUCAGGGUUUGCAGUAAUCAGGCCUGGUUGUGUCUAGUCCAGCUGAACCUCAUUAUGAAUGCAGUUUCAUAGAUUUGGAGAAUUAGUAACUAUGGGGGCAAAUACAUUUUCACACAUAUUGGAUAUUAUUGGAUAACAUUUUUGCUAUGAUAAAUAACAUUAUCAUUUAAAAUAUAUAUUUUGUAUUUACUCAGGUUGCCUUUGUUUGAUCUUAGACGUUUUCAAUUUCUUAAACAAUUUAGUAUACACAAAAGCAUAAAAAGUAGAUUUCACGCUGUUACGUUCAGAAAUGUCACAGCAGAAUGUAUAAAACAACAAGCGCACGCUGCUAUAGGGGGCGCUAUAGUCAGCUAAGGGCAAAGGUUAGUUUCUCAGUAAACCAUCAUCUUACAAAGUCUCUCAUUAUAACGGAGAUUAUAUAAUUAUUUAUAUUAUUAUAAUUGUUACAAAGCAGGUUAAUUCAUAAAAACACACGUGAUAUGUAAUUGGUUCUGCACUCCACAGUACUUUUUAAAUUUAAUUUCUGUAUGAUUUAUUUUAUUUUAUUUUUUUUACGAAACAUAUGUGCAAUUUGCAGCGAAUGUCCAAUAUAAAACCGCGGUGAAUUAGACAGAUAAAAAUGAAAGCAGCUGCACCGACACCUCCCCCUCCUCAGCAGCUUCAGCAUACCCGGCGUGCUAGACAGUACCAUUGUGUAGAAGAAGAAGAAAAUGCACCAAGUAAUUUAAGGGCGUUUUCCACAUCAAAAAAAAGAGGUCAAACUGGAGCACAAACAAAGACAGGGAACAGCUUUAUCACGAAAGGAAAAAGUAAACAUGUAAAGACAGCGAGACCUCCAUAAACAAACAGUGCUGAAGAGAGUUUCCGGUUAAAUUUUUUUUUAAGGAUAGGAUCUCCACUAAUUUCACUAAUUUCCUACAGAUUUGACAAAGAUCAGUGAAAUAAAUGUUUAGCUAUAUCCUCUCACUAAUCCACAAUGAAUUAUUUUAAAACUCAUUUACACUAUUGGGAACACGUUUAAUUUAUAAGUUGCUUAGCAUAAUUUAUAGGUAAGAAGUUAUAUGAUGUAUAUUUAAUAGCGGAUAAAAGCAUCUUUACCCCGAUCAGAGUAGUAAAAAUAUACCCUUACCAAAAAACAGACAAUACAGGCCAAAUCAUUAGCUAUAGACUACCAUCCGGGUUUUUAUUGUUGUUGUUGUUGUUGUUUAUAAUAAUAACACCUCCCAGUGAACGCGCUUACCUCGGCAGAGAGAGCAGUUGUAUGGCUUGAUGCUACGAAAACGUUUUACACUGGUCUAAAGUGAAAGUACAAGCGAUGUGAAAACAAGUCCUAAACAAGAUCUUAAAUAGCGCGUGAACCCUCCUCCCGUGUGAAAGUGAAAGCAAACGUAGUUAGUACUGCUUAAGGUCAAAGAUAAAUAGUUAAAAGUCCAUUAUUUGUACACAUGUUACAAAUAGUUUACAUUAAAGAGGGGAGAAAACUUUCAAAGGUCGGUUUUCUCAAACCAGGAUGCUGAAGCCGGCAGAAAAACGCUUCUGUUUUGAUCAGUAAUGAUAUAAGGACGGGUAAUAACAAUAACACUUGGUGCCUGUGGUUUCCCGGAAAGCUCUGUGUUAUUGGAAAGGUCUGGGUGGCUUUACUAUGUAAAGCAUUCACAACUAGCCUAUACAAAGCCUCCCAGCUCUGUUUCUCUCUCAGUUUGGCGUACCUGCAGAUCAAGUCAUAGCAUUAGACUGCGGAGCUGGAGAGAACCAUGUGCAGCCCAAUGCCAGAGCCUAUUUGUUUGGUGGAAAAUGUGAACGGUUCACUGCGUGUGAGUGAUGGAGCCAUUGAGUACCUGUACAGGAUUAACCAGCCGGUGGUGGUGGUGUCUGUGGUGGGACUCUAUCGCACAGGAAAGUCUUACCUCAUGAACCGCCUGGCAGGAAAACAAACUGGCUUUGCUCUUGGCAGCACCAUUGAGUCGAAGACUAAAGGUAUUUGGAUGUGGUGUGUGCCACACCCCUAUAACACAGGACACACUCUGGUGUUGCUUGACACUGAAGGACUGGGGGACGUUGACAAGGGAGACUCUAAAAAUGACGCCUGGAUCUUCUGUCUAGCUGUUCUUCUCAGCAGCACUCUGGUCUACAACAGCCGUGGGACCAUCGACAACACAGCAGUGGAAAAACUACACUAUGUCACUGAGCUUGCAGAGCAGAUUAAGAUCAAAUCACCUGCAGCCCAAGCAGCUGAGGUAGAGGAGGAGGAGGAAGACUCUCAGUUUGUUCAGUUUUUUCCUAACUUUAUCUGGACAGUGCGUGAUUUUUCACUGGAGCUGGUGAUUGAGAAAAAGGGUCGAGUGACCGAGGAUGAGUACCUGGAUUUUGCCCUGCAGCUGAAGAAAGGUCUUAGUAAGAAGGACACCAACUACAAUCUUCCAAGGCAGUGUAUUCGAAACUAUUUUCCAACCCGCAAGUGCUUUGUUUUCCCGUUUCCUGCCUCCCAGGACAAAAUGGUUCAGCUCGAGAGCCUGGAUGAGAGUGAAAUUUGGCCCCAUUUUCUGACCGUCACACAGCGUUUCUGUGACUACGUUUUUGCUGCAAGCAAAGUUAAAACAGUUAAAGGAGGAUACAGAGUCACAGGGAGGAUGUUUGGUCACCUAGUGCAGUCGUAUGUGGAGACCAUCUCUAGUGGGAAAGUCCCUUGUCUGGAGAAUGCUGUGGUUGUAAUGGCGAGGAUAGAAAAUGAGGCAGCUGUGCAGGAGGGGCUUAAACUGUACAAGAGUGGGAUGGAACAGGUGAAGAAUUUAUUUCCAGUCAGUUUGAGUGCAAUUUCUGCUGAGCACAAGAAGAUCAGCAACAUGGCCAACACUGAGUUUAUGAAGCGCUCCUUUAAAGAUGAAAAAGGGGAAUACUUCAAGAAACUGAUGGAGGCAGUAGAUAAGCACUAUGCUGAACUGACUGUUCAGAACAUGGAAGCAUCAGAACAGAAGUGCCAGCAGAUUCUGUCUGAUCUAUACAGGGAUUUGAGUGUGCUUGUACAGAACGGAGACUUUGCAAAGCCUGGAGGAUAUAAACUCUACUGCACACAAAGAGACCAUGUCAUUACCCAAUACCACAUGCAGCCCAGUAAGGGAAUGCAGGCUGAAGAGGUGGUGGAGAGGUUUCUGAGUGAGAAAAGUGUGGAGGCAAAAUUAAUUCUCCAGACUGACGAACAACUGACUGAAAGUGAAAAAAAGAUUCAAGAGGAGAAAGAACAAGCAGCUCUGUUAGAGCAGCAGUGUAGAGUUGAACAGGAGAGAAAAAUGGAGAUGGAGCAACUGAUGCAGGAGGAAAAAUUGCACCAUGAGCAACGGCUACAGCAGCUGGAGAAGAAGUUCGAGGAGGAGAAGAUUCAGCAGCAGCAGGAGCUAGAGAGAGCGCUGGAAAGUAAACUGACCGAACAGAAAGAACUUGUUCAGAAAGGAUUUGAAGAGAAAGCCCAGCUGAUGGACCUGGAGAUUGAGCAACUUAAAAAAGAAAAAGAUGCACUUUCUCACAGUUUUUAUAAGGAUUAUGUCAUUCCUGGUGUGGAUGUUGCUAAAGAAUUGUUGUUCAUGUACAUCAAGUAUAAAGCGAUGAAGAAAGGGUUACCCAUUUUGUAAGAAAAUCAGAACUAUCAUUCUGUAAUAGAGAACACUAACUAAAAUUAAGAAACAUUAACAUACUGUAAUAUAUUGGAAAUAUAUAUAAAACUCAGCGAAAAAAGAACCUCCUUUUUCAGGAGACUGUAUUUUAAAGAUAAUUUUGUAACAUCUAAAUAAGCUUUACAGAUCUUUAUUGGAAAGGGUUUAAACAAUGUUUUUCAUGCUUGUUCAAUGAACCAUAAACAAUUAUUGCACAUGCACCUGUGGAACAGUCCUUAAGACAUGAACAGUUUACAGGCGAUAGCCAAUUACGGUCACAGUUACAAUAACUUAGGACACUAAAGAGACCUUUCUACUGACUCUGAAAAAAACCAAAAGAAAGAUGCCUAGGGUUCCUGCUCACCUGCGUGAACAUGCCAUAGGCCUGCUGCAGGGAGACAUGAGGACUGCAGAUGUGGCCAGAGCAAUAAAUUGCAAUAAACUUGAUUUUUCAUAAGCUGUAGAUCUAGUUUUGGAAAGGAGGGUUAAAGUUUAAUGCAGAAACCCUCCAUCAUAUUGGAGCUUAAUGUAUUCACUGAACCAUAUAUGGACGUUUUCCAGGAGUUCUUCAGAUUAUGUAAAAUUGCAGCCACAAUUCCUGUCAGUACAAUCUCAUAUGAGUGGAGUUUUUCCUCUCUUACACAUAUAAAGACCCAUCUUAGAUCUAUGAUAGCAGGUGACAGGCAAAUUGAUCUGGGAUCUCUACCUGUGCAAAAGAGCUGUGCUCUCAAUCUGGAUGAAGUUGCAAAUAUCUUUGCAAGAAACCAUAAGAACUGGAGAAUGUAAAUGAAAACUAGACACUUGACGGAGUUCAUACUGCAAUAUCACAUUGCAUUUUGUUAUUUUAGAGCUGUAUAAUUUGUUCCUUGGGUUGUUAUGCCAUGUGACAGCACUCUAAAGGGGACUGACUUUGUACGUGCAGACCAUGUAUUCCUAAUAAAAUUGAAUUAUUUACACAUGGUUCAAAAAAGGUCAUGUUGCCUGCCAUCAUUGAUUCUAAAUGAAAAAUUAUCUAAAUUAAAUAACUUUACAGUACAUUUUGGACAUUAUUUAUGUUCCUUAAAAACUUUGCUACCCCAGUAAAAUCAUUAGGUCUAACCUGGCCACCCCACUGUAAAAGUUCUAGCUAGGUUUACAUAUUUGCAGCACAAAGGUAAGAUUCUUUGGAAAUGAGGUUGAUGUGAUCAGUAACAUCAAAUCAACAUUUGUUCAUUUAUCUUCAGUAACCAUUUUAUUCUGGUCAGCGUUGAGUUGGAUCUGGAGCAUAUCCUGGGAACAAGGAGACUGAGGUGGUGACACACCCUGAAUACACGCACUCAUUCACACCUAGUGGCAAUUUAACAUAGACAGUCCACAUACUGCCAUAUUUUUUGCUGAUGGGAGGAAACUGUGGGAGCAGGUUU